AUGUCAAAAACAAGUGGUGAUAAUAUUUCGGAUAGUAUCAAAGUUUCUGAUAAGGUUUUGAAUCUUCAAAAAGAUGCAUGGUUUCUAUUCACUUCCGUAGCUAGUCCUGAUGCUGUCAAUUUGGGACAAGGUUUUCCUGAUGACCCACCAUCAGAUCAUAUAAAAGAAAUUGUAGCAAGAGCAAUUUCUGAGCCUGAGUGUAAUCAAUACGCUCCUCCUAAAGGUAGAUUGCAUGCUCGUCAAACUUUGGCGAAUACUUUUGGUCCUUUAUUUAAUAGAACUUUGGACCCUGAAACGGAAAUCAUUGUAACUGCUGGUGCUAGUGAAGGUCUUACUGACCUUUUCGCAGCGUUCUUAGACCAUGGAGAUCACGCUAUUUUGAUCGAGCCCUUUUAUGAUCAAUACGUUGCCAACAUUACGAUGAAUGGUGGUGUACCUAUAUAUGUUCCACUACGCCCGACCGGUGAUCCAACACAGAAUAUUUCUUCGCGUGAAUGGAAAAUAGACAUCGAUGAACUUCGCUCCAAAAUUACUAAAAAGACUAAACUUAUUGUUUUUAACAAUCCGCAUAAUCCAACGGGAAAAGUUUUUUCUAGAGAAGAAAUGAUGGAAAUUGGAAAAAUAGCACAAGAAUUUAAUUUACUUGUCAUUAGUGAUGAAUAUGACCGUUAUUGUUAUGCUCCAGAUGUUUUCGAACGCUUUGCUACUCUUCCUGAAAUGUGGGAGCGUACCAUCACUGUUGGUGAUAGUGGUAAGACUUUUGGAACAACCGGUUGGUGUGUUGGAUGGUUAAUCGGUCCUAAAUAUUUGAUAGCAGCUGCUCUAAACGCACAUACUAGAAUUGUGUUUUGCGUGAAUUCUCCACUUCAGGAAGCAAUAGCUAUCCUAUUGGAUGAGAUUAAUCAUAAAGAAUAUUUCGAUCAAAAAAUUUCCGAGUAUUCAUCAAAACGAGAAAAAUUAAUGUUUGCAUUAUCAUCAAUUGGAAUACCGUAUACAAUUCCCCAAGGAAGUUAUUUCAUAUUGGCCAACACUUCAAAAAUUCAAAUACCUUUAGAUUACGAAUUUCCUGAAGAUUUUAUCAAUAAACCAAGAGAUUUUAAAUUUUGUUAUUGGCUGGCUAAAGAAAUUGGUAUUAUAGCAAUACCACCAAGUGAAUUUUAUUCACAAAAACAUAAAUAUCUUGUGGAAAAUUUUGUAAGAUUUGCUUUUUGUAAAUCUGAUGAAACUUUGGAACUUGCAGCUAAAGCUUUGAUUAUGUUGAAACCGUAUAUUAAGAAAUGUUGA